GUGCUCUUACAUAUCGCAAGAAGAAGAGGAAAAAAAUAGAAAAUCAAGUUAUAACAUUUCAUGAAUUAAAACAAACACCAGCUGGCCAUGUUGCGAUCGAGGAUUUCCUGCGCAUUCCCGCCCAGAAGAUGGAUGUCCUAUUUUUCCCCGGAAUUCACCAAGUUGGCGAGCGAAGGGCCGGCAAAGUUCGCGGCCACCAGCAGUCAUGCGGUAACGAAUAUAGACCUGGACCUGUUCGUCAAUCCGGAUAAUCGACCAAUGGAUCUGGUGGAUCGCCUGCAAAAACUAAGGAAACAAAAGGAGGCCAGUCUGGUUCCCCUCCUGCCGAGUGUUCUGGUCAAGCAACUACUGGACUCAACGAAUCCCAACGAGGCAAUAUCCGUGCUGCGUAAUCCCACCCAGUACGGCCUGUUUCUUGACCAUUUCUCCGGCUGCUUCCUAAUGGACGUCCUCCUGCACACGGGACACGCCGUGGAAGCCGCUCAGGUGGCCGCUCUUGUCGUGGAAAGGGGCUUAUGCAACAACGAGCUGGUCGAGGCGCUGGCUCUCCAGUCGUUCCACGCCUUUGCCAAGGACUUCAAACCCUUUGAGUCAUCCCAACCUCCGCAGCCUCCACCUAAAGCCUCUGAUGUGGAAAAAGUCCGUGUCAAGUUCAUUCGCAAUUACCCUGAAGAUGCCAGCGAAAGCACUGAGGAAAAGAAACUGGGACAAGCCAUGAUCCGAUUGGCGGCAGCUGGCGAAAGUUCCCUUAAAGAGCUCAAGCAAAACAUUGCCUUGAUUGGCUAUGUACUCACCGGACAAAUAUCUGAAGCCUCUAGUUAUCUGGCCAAGAACAGCGCAGCACUGCAUAAGGAAACCCUAACUAUUGCCCAAAGUGUGGCUGAAAGCCUCAAACUGGAGGGUUCCGAAGAGUUGAUCAAGUCCCUGCAAGAAGCAGCAGAGAAGUGCGCAAAAUCCAACGCCAUUCAAGAACUGUUAGAAGGCAGCGUCAGGCGGAGCUCCGAGAAGUUUGAGCCCAAGCUGCUGGCCGAAUACGAAGAGAGCUACAAGGACUGGGCCAAAAAGUUCGACGAUGCUGUGAAAUAUCAACUGGAGACCCAGAGUCUCGACCAGCGUAGGGAGAGCAUCAAGAAGACGCUCAGCGAGCUGGAAACGAAGCGUCAGAAUCUGUGGUACUUCGAAAACAAGGACGACAUCGACAUUCAGAUCUACAAGAAGAAGGUGUACUAUCCGAAGCGCUGGUUCGGCAAGAAAAAGAAGCCCAAGGCAGUGGACACCUUCUAUGUGCCGCCCACCAUCACGCACCACCAGAACGCCUGAGACCCCUGACAAAACAAGUUAGAUCCAAUUGUUUUUAAGCUUUAAUUAAACUACUGGAGAGUUAAUCCAAA